AUGUCUGAGAAGAAAAUUAAGGAAAAGGUAAAGAGGCGGGAGCGCAUUAUCGCAUCUUUAAAGCGACAUGAGCCAUUUUUGGGUGGUUUCAACCCCGAAAUACAUACGGGAGAAGUUCAAUCGAGGCUGGAUAAAAUUGAGGCAAAGUUUGAAGAGUUUGAGGAAGUGCAGGAAGAAAUUGCUGAGCUGGACGCUGAGGGUAACUACGAGGAGGAAUGCAACGAGUCAUAUAAGGAGUUCGAGAAACUUUACUAUCGUCUACGGGCUGCACUGUUGUCAAAACUCACACCAGAGCCUGCAGUUGCAGAGUUAAACAACACGCGGAAUGGUCAAGCAUUAGGAGUGCAUACUGGAGUUCGUCUACCUCAGAUUUCACUACCGGAAUUCGAUGGCGACUAUAAAGGAUGGCUGUCGUUCAAAUCAACAUACGUGUCGCUGAUCCAUGAGUCGGUGGAGCUGAGUGAUGUACAGAAGUUCCACUAUCUUAAGUCAGCACUUAGAGGGGAAGCAGCCAAACUCAUCGAAUCGCUCACGUUAACCAACGAAAAUUACAUCAUCGCGUGGGAUACGAUCAUAAAGCGGUAUUCGAAUGAGUAUCUUCUGAAGAAAAGGCAUCUGCAAGCUCUGAUGGAGUACCCGAAGGUGGAUAAGGAGUCGUAG